AUGAGCCUCCGUCUGCCUCUUCGGGGAGGCAAAUUCGCCACCAUCAUCAGCGCAUACGCUCCGCCGAUGAGCAGCCCCGACGCCGCCGCAAGAGACAAAUUCUACGAGGACUUGCACGCCCUCUUGGUGUCUGUGUCGAAGGCGGACAAGUUGAUUGUCCUUGGGGACUUCAACGCCCGCGUCGGCACAGACCAUGCUACCAGGAGAGGAGGGUUGGGUCCCCACGGUCUCCGCGGCUCAAACGACAAUGGUCUGCUACUUCUCAGCACCUGCUCAGAACACCACCUCAUCCUGACGAACACGUUCUUCUGUCUGCCGGAGCGAGAGAAGGCCACCUGGAGGCAUCCUCGGUCGCGUCAGUGGCACCUGUUGGACUAUGUCCUCGUCCGGCGGCGAGAUCAGAGGGACGUGCUGGUGACAAAGGCGAUCGCGGGUGCUGACAGGUGGACCGACCAUGGCCUCGUCAUCUCGAAGAUGCGUAUUCGCCUACAGCCUUGCAGGAGACCACAAGGUAAACGACCCCCAGAUAAGCUGAAUAUUGCCUUGUUGUCUUUGCCCGCCCACCAUUUCCAUUUCAGCAAUGAGCUAGCUCAACGGCAGGGCAACCUUCCAAUCGCUGCCGCCGCCGACGCCGCCGCUGCCGAGAACGCUUCCGUGGAGAACCUAUGGUGCCAAAUGCGGGACACGGUCCAGUCGACGGCGCUAGCCGUCCUUGGUCGCGCACGCCGCCAACACCAAAACUGGUUCGACGACAACGACGCCGUCAUCAGAAAUCUGCUAGCUGAGAAGAACCGCCUACACAAAGCCUACGUAGAUCACCCUACUGAUGCCAACAAAGCUGCUUUCUACCGCAGUCGCCGCCAAAUUCAGCAACGACUGCGCGAGAUGCAGGACACCUGGACUGCUCGCAAAGCUGAGGAGAUCCAAGGGUACGCGGACCGCAACGAAGGGAAGAACUUCUUCUCCGCGAUAAAAGCUGUCUACGGUCCGCUAAUGAAGGGCACUGCUCCUCUCCUCAGCGCCGACGGUAGUACCCUCUUGACUGAGAAGACGCAAAUUCUACAGCGAUGGACCGAGCACUUCCGAGGCGUCCUAAACCGCCCUUCCACCAUCUCCGACGUCGCCAUCGAGCGUUUGCCGCAAGUGGAGACCAACGUGGACCUCGACCCCCCGCCAUCUCUCCAGGAGACCAUCAGGGCCGUGCAGCAGCUCUUCAGCGGAAAAACACCCGGAUCGGACGCGAUCCCCGCUGAGGUCUACAAGCACAGAGGUCCCCAACUCAUGGAUCACCUGACUGCGCUCUUUCGGGAGAUGUAG